CUUUCUUCAUUUAAAUUAUAUGAAUUGAACUCAACAGCGCUGUAAACGAGUUGUCAUGAAUCUGUAAUGUAUUUUAAAGGAGUGUGGGAUUUAUAAGUGUUCUUCCGUUGAUUGAGAUGGAAGAAGAAAAUCAGCCACAAAUCAUGGAAGAUGAUGAUGAAGAUGAGGGGGCUUUUGAGUGGGAUGCAGCACCCGAGGAUGAGGGAGACUUUGAUUGGUCAGAGAAUGAAGAUGAUGAAGAGCAGGUGUUUGUGUCCAGAUCAAGUCCGGCGGAGCGCAGCGGUCACAUCGCAGUCACUGAUGGCAGCUGUAUGUUUGUUUGGGGGGGUUAUAAGAACGCUGAUGCUGAAGCGCCGGGAUUCAUUGACUUGUACUUGCCCAAGAAUGAAAUCUGGAUAUUCAACAUGGAGACGAGAAGAUGGAGAAUGAAGCGUUCAGAAGGAGACGUGCCGAACUCCAUGUCGGGCAGCUGUGGCGUGUGUGUGGAUGGUGUUCUGUAUCUGUUCGGUGGUCAUCACGCCAGAGGAAACACCAACCUGGUUUAUCGUCUGCCGCUGCGAGCGUUUGAGUUGAGUUGGGAAAAGAUGAGUGAUCUGACGGGUCUGCCGCCGACAUGUAAAGAUAAACUGGGCUGCUGGAUUCACAAAAACAAACUGGUGUAUUUCGGUGGCUACGGCUACAUCGCACAACCGGGUCACAGAGGAACAUUUGAAUUGGAUGAGAAUUCGUUCAUGGGGAAUCACGCGGGCCGCGGGUGGAAUAAUCACAUACACAUUCUGGAUCUGGAGACGUCGGCCUGGACUCAACCCAUCACAAAGGGAAACGCCCCGUCACCACGAGCAGCUCACGCGUGUGCCACGUUAGGAAACAGAGGUUAUGUGUUUGGAGGACGUUAUAUGGAUCAUCGGCUGAAUGAUUUGUACUUCAUUAAUCUAGACACGUGGGAGUGGAGCGAGAUGUGUGUUCCUCAAAACGGUCCUGUCGGCCGCUCGUGGCAUUCUCUCACACCAGUGUCACAUGAUCAUCUCUUUCUAUUUGGCGGCUUCACGACCAACAGAGAAACUCUGAGUGACGCCUGGAUUUACUGUGUCAGCACAAACGAGUGGAAAGUGUUUAAACACGAGCACACGGAGUGUCCCCGAUUGUGGCACACGGCGUGUUUUGGUGCUGAUGGCGAGAUGUUUGUGUUUGGAGGAUGUGCUAAUAAUCUUCUCUCUCAUCAACAAGCCGCUCAUAGUAAUGAACUGUUGGUGUUCAGCGUUCAGCCCAAAUCGCUGCUCAGGUUGUGUUUAGAUGCGGCGGUCGAGCACCAGAAACAUCUGGAGAACAUGUGGAACGUUCUUCCCAAACAUCUCCUGCAUCGGGUCUCACAGAGAAUAACGGCCGAAUCCUAGAACACGACGACACGCUUCAUCACGUCACACAUGUCCAGAACAAGAAUAUUAGUGUGAAAACUCCGGACACUCGUCCUCAACGUCAGAGAAACACAAAUAUCCUUCAUUUCAUUUGACCAUUUUUACUAAAUAUUUCCAGCAUUAAAUACACGUCAUUAAUAAGCCACAUCAAACAUGGACUUGUGUGGAGAUUGUUACAAGUGUCAUUUUUAUGAUUAAAAUAUUUCUCUUUAUUACUAAACAUUUAAUUCUUUGUGUGCAAAAGAUCCAUUUAUAAUCACAAUUCUGAAUCCGAUUUCAACACUUCUGUUUUUAAUUCUGUCAAUAUCAUCACAACUCUGAUCAUUAUUUUAAUAAAGAAACCUGAAGUGUGUUUAAUAACUCAGCGACAGAUUCUUUUAAUGUUCAUCAGACUUGAUUAAAUAACUGAAGAUGGGUUUAUUAACGGGUUUUAGUGAAAGUGUUCUCCCUUAUUUUCAUUUCUUUUGUACAAGAAUAGAAUUCAUGUGAUGGAUUGUGAAUAAAAACAAA